GUAAUGUUUUGCCCUGCAACCUCACAAAUCUUAAAACUUGUUUGGAAUUUUAAUUUUAGAAUUUCACCUUUUUUAUUUAUUUAGGCUUGUCCUACCUGACUAUUGAUUCUGUUACACGUGUUGCUCUCAAUGCUUGGAUGUUUCUCUUGUGAUACGUUCAAGACUUGCUCCGUCAUCGAGACCAAUCGGAGACAACGAUAUCUAUCAAUCUAUGAGUCAUGUCUGGGUUUAUUAAUUCAAAUCGAGGCGACAUGGAGAGGGAACACCUUUUAGAUGGAACAGGAGAAGAUAGUGAAGAAGACCUGAAGAGAACGCGAGUUAAUGCUCCUACUCGGUCGCUCAACAAGGAGUACAUCAUUUAUAAAGAAAGAUGGUACAUUUUGGGCAUUUUCUCAGCUUUAGCCCUUCUCUACUUGUGUAAUUGGAAUACCUGGGGACCUAUACAAGACACAGCUUCUGAGGUUCUGCAGUGGGGUCCAGGUCAAUUUGCUCUGCUAGCCAACUGGGGCCCCAUUUCAUUUCUCACAUCUGCUUUCUUCUUUUCAUGGCUUCUUCAUGCCAAAGGUCUUCGUAUAUCAGUUCUGAUUUCUGGUGGACUUCUUUUCAUUGGAUGUGGUAUAAGAUGUAUCCCUGUAUCCAUAGCUAUGAUGAAAUGGACCAUGAACAUUGGGCACAUCUUCAUAGGACUGUCUGGGCCAGUCUUGAUGGCAGCAGUCACGAGUAUAUCUGCCACCUGGUUUCCAACUAAUGAACGUACCACAGCAACGGCCCUCUCAGCUACUUCGCCGUACCUUGGACUUGCAGCCUCCUUUGUCAUCGGACCAGCCAUUGUGACAGAAAUUCACAGUCCAACAACUGGAUGAUGAAAAUCAAGAGCAUCUACAGGAAAUUCGAAAGCUUAUGUAUGUAGAGUUUGGUGCAGUAGCUGUGGUAUUUUUAGUAGCUUUGAUUCGCUUCCCUGCUAAACCUGCCACUGCACCUACUGCUUCGGCUGUGACGGAGAGACAAGAUAUGAGAACUGGAAUUAUUGCUUUAGUUAAG